AUGUCCGAGUCUACAGCAGCCUAUGAGCCGCUUACCAAGCACCUGGCUGGGGCAAAGUAUACUUUUGUCUGUCCAUCUCCAGAAACUGCUGGUAGAGUAGUACAGAAGAGGACCUCCGAUCCAUCGACAAAACAUGCUCGGACUGCACAGGACUUCUUUGGUUGGAGUCUCCCAUGUUCAAGACAGAUACUCAAGUCGAUAAUACCGGAUGAUGUCUUCGAGAGCCUACGCAAAGCCUCCAUUAUCACGAACGGUGAUAGUGACGACGAAUACCGCUCGACGAUCCGCGUAUCAAACUUCUACCUAGCCAAUAUCCCGGAGCUUGACAACAGCGCGACACCGCUUUACUACAUCCACUCGUCCUUUCCCGCCUCCUCGGACUCAGUCUUCUUCGGACCUGACACAUACCUGUAUACUCAGUUCUUGAAAACUGCUCAACAUCAUCUGCCGCAAGAUCUGAGCAGCGCGAUAGAUGUGUGCUGCGGUUCGGGCGCAGGUGCGAUACAUCUAGCCAAGACUUACCCACAAGCAAAGGUCCUGGGUUUGGAUCUCAAUCCACGUGCACUUAGGCUAGGAGGCGUGAACGCACACCUGGCCAGCGCCAAAGUAGAAUACUACGAGUCAAAUCUUUACGCCGCUGUACCAGAUGAGAACAAGAAGGCUGGGAUAGACCUGAUUGUCAGCAAUCCACCGUACAUCGCCUCGAGUGCAGACGGCAAGGAUUUGCCGAUGUACGCAGACGGCGGCGCUGAAUUUGGGCUUGAUAUAUCGCUUAGGAUCGUCGAAGAGGGAAUGAAGAUACUCUCAACAAAGGGUGUCAUCAUUGUGUAUACAGGAGUCGCAAUACCGACCGCAGACCCUGGCCAUGACGCGUUUCUCGAGAAACUCCAGACUGUAGAGGGUGCUGAAUUGGCUGAGUACACGAUACUGCACCCAGACAUGUGGCCAGAGGAAAUCGGGCGUGGCGCAUAUGCAGAUGUCGGCAGGAUACAAGUUGUUGGAGCCGUGUUGAGGAGAUCCUGA